GAACCCAUUGUUGUGUCGCGACUGACGUCAGUUCUAUGUGAGAGACAGGCAGAGCGGCGUGCGCCUGGCGAGACAAAGGCGGCGGACCAGGGAACAGCCGGGAUAAAUAUCCAGAUACAAUUGUAGGGAGGUAUCUGCAUGGGAGUAAAAUGAUAGACUACAAAUCGAUGCAAAGAUCGACGGGCCGCUAAAUGACCUCGACAUUCGUCUGGAAUAGAAUUGUUUCAACAGCGUGUCCCUUCUCUUUCGUUUUAAACAUUUUCUCCAACGCCCCCAAUUUAGCGAGCUAGCUACUAGCUAGCAUUAGAGCAUUGGUAGCCACUCAUCAUUCCUUCAAGAAUCAAACGAGAGUAACUCCAUACAAUUGGGAGGUAGCCAAAAGAAAAGAGCGCUUUGCACACAGACGCCCCAAGAUCUGAUGUUCAUCCUCUUGGACUAUGCCUAGCCCCUUAUUCCACCCCGAGAUUAUGGACCACGACAUGGUAGUGAGCAGCCAGCACAACGGGGUCAGCCUGCCGCGAGAGACUGACCAGGAGUCCCGGGACGAGGACCAUCAGGAUGCGCUCCGCUUCGCCCUGGACCAGCUGUCAUUUAUGGCCCUGGAGAAGGUGGACUGUGGUGGUGGGGGGCUCGUUGACACGCUCGACGGGAACCAGGGACCGUGCUCGGGGAAUUCCAACGGCGGUUAUGUCGACCUGCAGAUGCUGGAGCACCAAGGGGGUUCCCGGGACUCCCCGACAUCCUGCUCCCCGUCUCCAGAGUACUAUGGAUCGGGCGGGUACCACAUGACUGGCCCGCACUCUCACCCCAUGCUCGGUGAACAAAGCUCAGUUCUCUGCAAUCGCAAGAGGAGUGUCAACAUGACCGAAUGCGUACCUGUGCCCAGCUCAGAACACGUUGCUGAAAUAGUGGGAAGACAGGGCUGUAAGAUCAAGGCACUGCGUGCGAAGACCAACACCUACAUAAAGACCCCGGUGAGAGGCGAGGAGCCUGUGUUCAUAGUUACAGGGCGCAGGGAGGACGUGGAGAUGGCCAAGCGGGAGAUCGUCUCUGCGGCCGAGCACUUCUCCAUGAUCCGGGCAUCCCGCUGCAAGGCUGGGGCCACGGGCACAGGAGCACCCGGGACAGGGGGAGUGCUCCCUGGACCCCCCCACCUGCCUGGACAGACCACUAUACAGGUGCGCGUACCGUAUCGUGUGGUGGGGUUAGUGGUGGGGCCCAAGGGGGCGACCAUCAAGCGCAUCCAGCAGCAGACGCACACCUACAUCGUGACGCCUAGCAGGGAGAAGGACCCCGUGUUUGAGGUGACUGGCAUGCCUGAGAAUGUGGACCGAGCCCGGGAGGAGAUUGAGACGCACAUCACCCUGCGGACCGGGGCCUUUGUGGACCUCCAGGGAGACAACGACUUCCACACUAACGGGACUGAUGUCAGCCUAGAGGGCCUGGGCUCGCUGGCUGGGGGGCUGGGCGCUGCUCUCUGGGCUCGGGCCAACAACGCCCACCCUGCCCCUCCACCCCCGCCGCCUCCUCCACCACCCCCGCUCCCCAUGGCCAUGCACCAAUCGUCUGGGAGGAAGCUGUCCUCCUCGGCCUCCUACCACCAACACAACGGAGGGAUGGGCUCUGAGAGCUACAGCGCCCCCAGGAGGGCCACCGAGGGAGGUAGUCCCACCAGCCCAUUCAGCACUAGCUCCAGCAAUGCCGGCGGAGGAGGGGGGUUCACCUUCGGGGGUGACUCCACCCCAGGCCUCCCCUCUGAGGAGCUGGGCUUUGAGUUCAGCGCCUCCAACAUCUGGGCCCCUUUCGUCAACGGAGGAGGAGGGAAGAUCCCAGGUACCUCUCAGAAGCAGCCUCUCCGCAGAAACAGCAGCGGCCUGAGUGGCGGUGCCAUCACCCCCCGCCUGUCCCCCACCCUGCCCUCUGAUGCAGUGGUGGGACCCCUGGAUCAUCCACUGGCCCGUCGUGCCCAAAGCGACCCACUCAGCACCCUCUCCUGGCUGCAGUCGGGCGGUGCCGGUGCAGGGUCCUUCUCUGGAGCAUCUAGCUCCAGCUCCGGAGGGUCAUCCACCGGUUACUCCUCCUGCUCAGCCUCCUCCCUGCCCGGAGGCUCUCCCACCGAUUCAGAGGGCGGGGGCAGUGGCCUGGGCUCUGGCAUGCUGGGCCGGUUGAAGGCCGCGGCAGGCGCUGGUUCUGGAGGUCUGGUUUGCAUGGGGCCAGGGGGUGUGAGCAGGGACUGCUUUGUGUGCUUUGAGAGCGAGGUGACAGCGGCUCUGGUGCCAUGCGGCCACAAUCUGUUCUGCAUGGACUGCGCCGGACAGAUCUGCCAGUCCGCUGAGCCCGAGUGCCCUGUCUGCCAUACCACUGCCACACAGUGCAUCCGUAUCUUUUCCUAAUAGUCCCCCCCCCCUCACCCACCCGAAGACAAGGGAUGGUAUGGGGACUGAGGAGGGGGCGAGAGGGGUAGGGGUGUCAUCUUUUAAAAAAAACGGAACUUUACGGUCUUACUAUCCGAGAGAACUGCAGUGGACCAUCAACUGUGGCGGGACGGACGGACAUCAAUGACCUUCUCCGCACAUAUGAUGGACCACAAUGAUUACAAUAUUAGAAAUGACACUAUAAGGAUGUUGAUUUAAUGAUAACUAUAAUAAUAAUAAUGAAAAUAUUUCCAGACUGACUGAUUUUGAUUGGUUCUGCGGACUGCAGAAACAGUAUGGUGGGAUCAAGAGGUUUCACGGUGGACUUGUGUGGAAGGAAACCAGUGUCUUAUCUUUCUUCUGGAUUUUGUUCUGACCUGGACCAGCCUUCAGGCCUGAAUUAGCUCAGCCUCUAGGUUGCCAGGCUGUCUGUAUAGUUUCAUCCUCUCGUUUCUUUUUCUUCUUCAGAUAUCUCUGCCUGCUUCUCUCACAAGCCUUUUCCUUUGACACUUUUGUACUUAAUAGCAGAUAUUUUUCGACGGAGCUGCCUAGGCCUGCACUUUUCUACUCAGUUUCCUUUUCAAUGUUCUUUGACAGGAUGCAAAACGCUGUUUUUUUGGUCUUCUGAGUUCUCUCCUGUUCUUUAUUUUCAGCUCUCUCUCGCCAUCUCUCCUCUCUCUGAUUCAGAGGGGUUGGGUUUAAAUGUGGAAGACACAUUUCAAUACAACUGACUAGGUCUCUCUUGCUAGCUAGUAUAGUGACAUAAAGGAAAUGCUUUAUGAGCCUGGAACUGACUUUAAAACAGCCACAGAGACACCUAUCAGACAAAAACAAGCCAGAAGGCCCUCCUAGAUCUUAUGAAGACUGAAACACUUAAGGUAUUUAUACUGUUCAAAAACUGAUAUCCAAUGUUGUGGUUUUAAUGACUAGUAUAGGAAUAAUACAAUGGUGUUAAGUUUAUUUAAGGAAUAUCAGAACUAAUGCCAGAGGUCAGUUACUCAGUCCCCCUUGGUCCUUCUUUCUCUCAACCCCUCUCUCUCCCUCUCCACCCAAUCGCUGUCCUUCAAUAGUUCCAGUUUUUGGGACCAUUCUUCCACUCUCUCUUCCCCCUGUGGAGCUCAGUGUAGACACCAAGCCAUCCAUAACCCAGUCCACUCAGAUCCUCUGUUACAGUUUGCUUUGGAGAGCUAAUGUAUUUUUUUUUUAACAGGUCUUUGGCUUUUGACUGUAAAGUAUGUGGCCCAUGUUGCCCCUGACUCCCUACUCUCUGAACUGCAUUGACGUCGAGUAGGAUAAGAUGGGUCUUGAUGUCACACACACACACACAGGAAUGUCUUGUCCAAUAGGGGUCUUGGUUAAGGGGAGGUGGCCCACCCCCAGUAUUAGGGGCAUCCGAAUGAGCUGUCUGUGCCCUGAGCGACACAUUGUAAUGUUAUUAGACCCCCUCCUCCUCGGGUUCCUCGAUUUGAGGGAUUUUUGGUCUUCCGCGCCCCUGCCUCAACUCCCCCAGCAAAGCUCUUUAAUCUCCUAGUCCAACCUGGAUCACCCCUCCCAAGUGACAUUGUCCCCCUAGGAGAUCUAUUUUGUGUUUCUAUUUUUGUGUUUGUAUUUUCAAAUCAACUGCCUCUCUUACUGUGUUUUUAAGUAUGACAUGGUUGGUUUUGGUGUGACGGUACAUGGUUGUUAUAUAUGCAGCCCUCUGAACGUACAUGCGCAUCUACUCCUAGAGUCAGACAAGCCAUGGCAAACAAAAUCAAAACAAUGAAUGGGAGAAGAAAAAGGGCUUCCUUGCGCACACACGCAUAUACACACUACAUUUUCAGAUGUUAACCUUGUUAUCAGUGACAACAGCGAGAAUAAUCAACUUAUCCAAUAUGGCAGCUAGUAGCUAGUUCAUCCAGGGCUUCCAGACACUCUGUGUUCAAACCCCAACAGCUGCAGAAUGUGUUGCUUGUUCUUUUCUCACUGGUCAACCCUGUCAGCACCAGCCCUUCUCAGUCAUGUCCAUCGCCUGUGAACGAAUUAACAGAAGGCUCUGUUCCAAUACUUUUCAAAUGCAGCAUCCCUUUCUACCCUCACACCUUCAGGUACUAUCCACUGAUCUACCAUGUGUGGACAGGUGAAAGCAGGUUCUCUACUGGAUUUUUUUCUCAAUAAUGUCACUUCAGAUGAGUGACUACCUUCAGGGAGGGAGAAGGAACGGAUGCAGGGCAGCAGGUAGCCUAGCAGUGAGAGCGUUGGGCCAGUAACCGCAAGGUUGCUGGUUCGAAUACCCGAGCCAACAAGGUGAAAAAAAUCUCUGUGCACGGCACUUAACCCUCAUGUGCUCCAUGGACAACAUACUACUAUAGCUGACCCUGUAAAACAAAGCAUUUCAUUGCACCUAUCUGGUGUGACAAUGAAACAGAAUUUAUAUGUUUUUUUUAAAGAGAAUGAACAGGCAAUUCACAUUGCUACAGAUCUCAAGUAUAGUCUCUGUGCUUGAGGGUCAAGCCGGGCUACUUUUUAACAAACAACUUCUAUGUCUGUGAGAUGCCUGACUAAAUAAGCUCGUCAAGUGAAGGGGACAGCGGCUUAACGUCGUAGUCUGUAAUCUAAUAAUCGACCCUCCACAUUUAACUACACCGCAAUGCUCCCUACUUGAAUGGCCCUUCAUGUCCACAGAUGUGGAGCUAGUAGCUGGCUGACUGAGUCAUAUUUCACUGAAGACUAUAAUGGUGCUUUGGUGCAACUCACUACUGACAUAGAUACCGUUUUCUACCACAGCACCUCUCCCCCUCUUUUUUUAGGAGUUAACUGUAUAACUGGCAACCCUGACCCCGCUCUCUCUCUCCCCACAACGUGUGAGGGAUCUGUGUAAACUGGCAACCCGUCCUUGCUGGGUCUAACUUUAAAUGUUUUUAGUACAGUUUUUCUCUGCUCCUGCAGACUCAAGUUGGGUGCAGGGAAGGAUGUGACCACGUCUUUUAAAGGAACAGAUAAACUAUGACUGUUGUGUCUCACUUUUUUUGUGUGUUAAAAAGGGUCAAUCUUAAAGGCCCUUUUCCAGAACUGCCCAUGACUUCUCAGUCACUAAAAUGUCCAGAGUUGAAUUUGCCAGGUGGUUCUGGUCUGGUUGUUUCACCAGGUCAUGUACAGUAGCAUGAACAGUUAAAGGGUACAGAAUAUUCUCAUAUUGACUGCAGAUUAUUUUUUGCUGAAUUUAACCCCUGACCCCCACCCCAUUUAAGGUUUGAAUACAGGGUUUAUAGAGGGUCCUUAAGGAGUGAUCUCUGACCUUUUUGUGACAAAGUUGGACCCAGGGGGAGCCACGCCCAUCCGGGAAAGCCGCUCCCCCUGGAACUUCGCCUUCCUAUUUUGCUUUAAUCCUUUAACGCAGAACCAAAAUGUUAUGUUAGCAAACAAGGUUUCAGGCCUGACUUGUGUAUAUACCCUGAAUACAAUCAAUGGGAUGUCAUUUUCAAAAAGUUACCAGACUUAAGUAAGGAAGUUGUAGUUUUUAAAAACAUGUAACAUUAUUUGUAGGUUAACCAUGUGCAUGUCUUCAAGCCAUCAGGCAUUAGCAAAUAAUUUUUCAGAGGAAAAUAACUUUUUACACUUUAUUUUUACAAUUUAUUUGCUUACCUAAAUAUCCCAGACAAUAAUGUGACCCUUUUUAUUACUUCAAAAUAUUUUAUUUUCCAUAUUUUUUUAUUUUAUUUCCUGUGUACAACAUGUAGGCAAUUUAUAACAAAAUUAGAAAAAAUUAUUGAAGAAAUUUUAAAAUUGAAAUAUAUUUUAUUUUAAAGUUUAUGGACCUUUUAACCGUGAGCCGGAACAAUAUAUGCAUAUAAUUUGAGCUGUCUUGACGGUUGAGAAAUGUAUCAAGAGUUUUAUUUUUUAUGCUUCUUUAAUAAAAUCUUGUUUUUGGUUUCAUUUUUUUUACUGUAAAA